AUGUUCUCGGCUAUGCGCUCCCGUCACGCGAGCCUCCUCUCCCUCUCCCGCUCGGCUCUUAAGACGACCACCCCCGCCCUCCAUGCUAACCGCAUCAGCAUCAGGAUGACGCACAAGAAGGCCCUCACGCUCGAGAGCAUCAACCCCGCCGUCCUCGACGUGCAGUACGCCGUCCGCGGCGAGCUCGCCCUCAAGGCCGACAAGUACAUGCACCAGCUCGAGGACGGCGACAAGUCGCUCCCCUUUGACAAGGUCGUCACCGCCAACAUUGGCAACCCCCAGCAGAAGGGCCUCAACCAGCGCCCGAUCACGUACUGGCGCCAGGUCAUCUCGCUGCUCGAGAACCCGAUGCUGAUGGAGGAGCACCUCGACGGCAUCAAGACCAUCUACCCCGCUGAUGUCAUCCGCCGCGCCCAGAGCCUGCACAAGGAGAUCGGAUCGGUCGGCGCGUACACCCACUCCAAGGGCGUUCUCCAGAUCCGCCAGCGUGUUGCCAAGUUCAUCGAGAAGCGCGACGGCUACCCCUCGGACCCCGAAAUGAUCUUCCUGACUGCCGGUGCCUCUGCCGGUGUGUCUCAGAUCCUCGGCCUCGCCCUCAAGCCCGGAGACGGCGCCAUGAUCCCGAUUCCUCAGUACCCUCUGUACACCGCUACCCUCUCCUACAUCCACGGCAAGCCGAUUCCCUACUACCUGAAUGAGGACGCCGAGUGGUCGACGAACACUGCCGCUCUCCGCGAGGGUGUCGCCAAGGCGAAGCAGGACGGCACGCCCAUCAAGGCGCUCGUCGUCAUCAACCCCGGCAACCCGACCGGAGCGUGCCUGACGCGCGAGGCGAUGGAGGACGUCGUGCGCUUGUGUUACGAGGAGUCGAUCCUCCUCCUCGCUGACGAGGUGUACCAGCGCAACAUCUUCAACAACGACACCAAGCCCUUCAUCUCCUUCAAGGAAGUCGUGAAGAGCAUGGACAAGGACAUUGCGGACAGUGUCGAGCUCGUGUCCUUCCACUCGAUCUCGAAGGGCGUGUCGGGCGAGUGCGGCCGCCGCGGCGGAUACUUUGAGCUGUGCAACAUUGAGCCCGACGUCGUGGACCAGAUCUACAAGAUGGCCUCGGUCACGCUCUGCCCGCCCGUCACGGGCCAGGUCGGCGUGGACCUCCUCGUCAACCCGCCAGUGGAGGGCGACGAGUCCUACGAGCAGUGGAAGGAGGAGACGUCGCUCACGCACGAGAACCUGGCCUCAAGGUCCAAGUACAUGCAGGAGCGCUUCUCCCAGCUGCCGAACAUGUCCUGCCAGCCGGCCGACGGCGCGAUGUACCUGUUCCCCCGCAUCGAGAUUCCGGAGAAGGCCAUCAAGGAGGCCGAGAAGCGCGGCAAGGCCCCCGACGUCAUGUACACCCUCGACCUGCUCGAUGCCACCGGCAUCUGUGCCGUGGCUGGAAGCGGCUUCGGACAGGAGCCCGGCACAUUCCACAUGCGCGUCACCGCGCUCUGCCCCGGCGUCGAGGAGUAUGUCGACAAGAUUGAGAAGUUCCACAAGGACUGGAUCAGGAAGUACGAGUAG